AUGGGGAAAAAAGGGCGAUGGUUGUCCGCCGUGAAAAGGGUCUUCAGUUGCGAAUCGAACGAAAACAGAAGAAAGCACAAGAGGAGCAUAGGUUUAGCUUCUUCAAGUUCAGAUAAUGCGGCCCCAAAUCAUUCUCCGAGAGAGGAGGUGAAGUUGAUAGAUGCAGAGCUUGAACAGAACAGACACGCUUAUUCCGUUGCCAUAGCCACCGCCGCUGCUGCUGAGGCGGCGGCAGCCGCCGCUAAUGCCGCCGCUGAGGUUGUUCGUCUCACGUCCGCUGCUCGUCAUUUAGGCAAAUCGAAGGAGGAGAUUGCUGCUAUCAAGAUUCAGACAGCUUUCCGGGGAUAUUUGGCAAGGAGAGCAUUGAGGGCUUUGAGAGGUCUAGUAAGGCUAAAAUCAUUGGUUGGGGGUCCAUCGGUUAAACGCCAAGCGGCUUCAACCUUAAAAUAUAUGCAGACAUUGGCUCAUGUUCAAACCGAGAUUCGGGCUAGGAGACUAAGAAUGUCCGAACGCAACUCAGCAAUUACCCGGCAAAUCCAGCAGAAACGUGAGAAGGAGCUCGGGAAGUCUAGAGCAUCCGUAAAAGAAGAUUGGGAUGAUAGCAUACAGUCUAAAGAGCAGAUUGAAGCUAGUCUUCAGCAUAAGCAAGAAGCUGCUAUGAGAAGGGAACGUGCUUUGGCUUAUGCAUAUACACAUCAGCAAACAUGGAGAAACGAGCCUACUUCCACAAACCAAACUACGUUCAUGGACCCGAAUAAUCUCCACUGGGGCUGGAGCUGGUUAGAACGGUGGAUGGCUGCUGCCCGCCCAUCGGAAAUCGGGCCCACCACAAAAGAACCAAAUAGUGACCGGAUUUCCAUAAACAGCACCACCACAAGCCACCGCCCGGCAUCUCCCCGAGCAAAUUCUGGAAAAACGCAGCAAAAUAGCCGCCCACCGAGCAGGCAGUCACCUUCAACCCCCAAGUCCACAAGGCCCACCACCAAGCUAAGGCCCGCAAGCCCGAUAGGGCCAUCUCACAGUGCUAGAGAGGAUGAAUCGAAUAGCAUCAACAGUGUCCAGUCAGAGAUUUGCCAGAGACGCCACAGCAUAGCUGGCGACUCGUCUGUGAGGGACGACGAGAGCCUCGCCAGCUCGCCUGCCAUUGUUCAAGGUUACAUGGCAUCGACCGAGUCAGCUCGGGCCAGGGCCCGAAUGGCUAGCCCGCUCGGGUCCGCCAAGAAGCGGCUCUCGUUUUCUGGGUCGCCUGGUGGGCCCCCCCGGAGGCACUCAGGUCCUCCAAAGGUGGAUAUUAGUUCGAUGCAGGAUAUUUCCGCGGAAUGA